AUGAAUCCUAAUAUUCCUAAUGUUCAUGUCGAUAUUGAUGUAUAUACACAACAUGAAUAUGUUGAUUCUCCUUCUACUGUACCUAAUAUCCCUCUUCAAACAGUAGCAGCAUCAUUUAGAGGCAUGACUAGUACUGUUUGGGAGCAUUUUGAAAAAAAGCUGACUCUCUUCGCCCUCCGCCUCGCGGUGCUUGAGAAAGCGGCGACAGGCCUAGGAAAACUAGCCUUUAUUUGGGCAACAGUUGUCCUACUUGGCGGUUUCGCCAUUACCCUCGGUAAGACAGACUUCUGGGUCAUCACUAUAAUUCUGUUAAUCGAGGGGACUCGGAUUUUCAGCAGAAGCCAUGAGCUUGAAUGGCAACAUCAAGCUACGUGGUCAAUUGCUGAUGUUGGAAUCAAUAGUUUCCGAUUGAUAAGAUCGAGCUCACACUUGAUAAUUAAAACUAUAAAAGCAAUCUUCAAACCCAUCGAAUUGGUUCGGAAGCAAAGUCGUAGGGGCAGAGAAGUUAAUCAGAGUACUCACCUGGGAAGCCACAAAAACUGUGUUCAGAAAAAGAUGCCGACUCGAACAUGGGUGGCUUCAGAUGUUCCUCUGUUUCCAUAUGCCCAACGGGUUUUCUCAGCAAAACAUGUCAGCAGGCUUCUGUAUUGGCUCCAGAUUGCUUCUGCGUUAACCUGCACAGGUUUAUCAUUAAUGAGGCUCAUUAGACAUAACUAUGGCGAAAUAGCGAAAGGAAAUACCGAUAAGCGGAAUCGCAGGUCGGCUCUGAAUAUUUUUUACGCCUUGGCAUUGGCAGAAGCUUUGCUGUUUUUAUUGGAGAAAGCUUACUGGGAAUGGAAUGUGAUUUACUAUAAAGUGUUGGAUGAGGUGAACAAGGAGUGUGAAUUGGGGGCUUCGGGUACGGUUUCGAUUAAACGAUUCUUCUACGAUUCGUAUUCGAGGUGUGUUAAUGGAAGCAUUUUUGACGGCCUAAAGAUGGAUAUGGUUUCAUUCGCUAUUGAUCUCUUGGAUUCGAAUUCGCUGGAUGAACAGCUAAUCGGAGUUAGGAUUUUACACAAAUUCUCAAUGAAUCAGCGGUUUUCGGAUGAUACACUGCAAAAGAUUGGAAUAACGUUUCCGGUGAUUGAACGGUUAGUUGAGAUGUUGAAUUGGAAAGAUCCACAAGAAGAAGAGAUCAGGAAAUCAGCGGCAGAGAUAUUGACGAAGCUAGCAGGCAAAAAACAGAACUCUCUACGGGUUGCUGGAAUACCUGGUGCGAUGGAAUCAAUAUCGUCUCUGCUCCAGAGCCAAAGGACUCAUAGUAUAGCUGAUGAAAUCUCUGCGAAGAGAGUCGUCCACGACCAUGAAAAUUACAGUUUCUCGACAUUCAAUCAUUUGGGACUUGUCAUUCUAAAGAAACUUGCUCGAGACCAUGAUAAUUGCGGAAAGAUAGGGAACACGAGAGGACUCUUAUAA